AUGAAUUCCCUUCUUCAAGAACAAUCACACGCUUUGCUCGAGAAGUAUCCGUGUCUCAGGGAGUUUCAACCCUCUCUGGAAAGGCCAUUUUUCAACAUUUCGUUGUGGGACAAUUUCGACAAACUGGCCUCGAGAGUGAGCCAGGGACACUUUAUUCCCAGUAAAUUCGAGUUUGUGCCUGGCAAACUUCCCUUGAGUGAACUCCCACAAGUUUUGGCCGCUAUAACCACGUAUUAUGUUGUGAUUUUUGGCGGAAGAUACAUCUUGAAAGGCUCAGAACCUUUCAAGCUUAACGCUUGGUUCCAGUUGCACAACUUAUUCUUGACUUUGCUGUCGCUAACAAUUUUGCUUUUGAUGGUCGAGCAAUUGGUUCCACUUAUUGCGUACCAUGGGCUGUACUACGCGAUUUGCAAUGCAGGUGCAUGGACCCAGCCUUUGGUAACAUUAUACUACAUGAACUAUAUCACCAAAUUCAUCGAAUUUAUUGACACGGUAUUUUUGGUUUUGAAACACAAGCAAUUGCGGUUCUUGCACACCUACCAUCACGGUGCAACCGCCUUAUUGUGCUACACCCAGCUGGUUGGUACAACUUCCAUAUCUUGGGUGGUAAUUGCGCUCAACUUGUGGGUCCAUGUGGUCAUGUAUUGGUAUUACUUUCUGGCUGCAAGAGGCAUCAGAGUCUGGUGGAAAGAAUGGGUCACCAGAUUCCAAAUUUUGCAAUUCAUCUUAGACAUCGGAUUUAUUUACUUCGCGGUCUAUCAAAAGUUUGCGCAUCUAUAUGCUCCAAACUUACCUCACUGUGGUGACUGUGUGGGAUCUACCACCGCUACCUUUUCCGGAUGUGCCAUCAUUUCUUCCUAUUUGUUUUUGUUUGUGGCAUUCUACAUUGAAGUUUACAGACGCAGAGGUACCAAAAAGUCCAGAAUUGUGAAGCGUGUACGUGGUGGUGUUGCUGCCAAGGUUAACGAAUACGUUAGCGUUGACUUUAAAAAGACGACUACUCCAUCUCCUUCCCCCGCCCGCAAGUAG